UCCAGAGCCAGACUCUGGUGCAGCGCCGAUCCAUACAUACGCACACGUGUGUGUGUGUGUGUGUGUGUACACAGGGGGGGGGUGUCUCGUGGGUGCUGGUUUCCUGAAAACGCCCGUCGUUGGAGUGUGCGAGCUGAUCUGCGAGAGAAUGUGCGCGUGAGCCUUUCGGGAGCGUCCUUUUUGUAUGGAGGAGCAUGUGUGCAGAGAGCGAGACAGCGUGAAGAUGUGUGGUGGUGGAAAGGUGUUAUUGUGAUCGGGGGACUUUUUGGCUGUACCAUCGUCGUGCUGUGCGCCUCCCCCUCCUGCUCAUUUGGUUAUCUUGUGAGGGCAGUAAGCGUCUAGCCGGGAUGUCCACCUCGCCCGGUGCAACAGACGGGAGCCAAAGGAACUCUUUGGAGCUGGACGCGGAGCACGCGCAGAGAGUCCCUGGGGCCGAACAGGGAGGGGCCCCGGCCCCCCAGGUCAAGCUGAAAGAGAGGCAGAAGUUCUUUGAGGAGGCCUUCCAGCAAGACAUGGAGCAGUACCUGUCCACUGGCUACCUGCAGAUCGCUGAGCGGAGAGGAAGCAUGUCGUCCAUGGAGGUGAACGUGGACAUGCUGGAGCAGAUGGAUCUGAUGGACAUGUCGGAUCACGAAGCCCUGGAUGUGUUUCUGCACUCCGGGGGAGAGGACAACAGCGCUGCCUCGCCCGUCGCAGGUCCUGACGUGGAGUCCUUCACCACGGAGAUCAGUCUCCAGGUUCCCACGCAGGCUGAGCUACGCCACAAGCUGUCUUCGCUUUCAUCCACCUGCACCGACUCCGCCAGCCAAGACACGGAGGCCGGGGAAGAGGAGGAGGACGAGGAGGAGGAGGAAGAGCCCGAGCUAGCAGGUGGUGUUGGAGGAUCAGGCGGCGGAGGAAGGAGGAGAAGAGCCCCCGUGGUGGUGACCCUGGACGAAGAGGAGGUGCACCCCGACACGGCGUUGGUGGACGGGGUGGAGCAGACCAGCAAAGACAGGGAGGCUCGCAGGCCGAAGGUCUGAGGACAACACGGACCGGAUUCCAACGCAAAGUACCGAAUCUAACUCCGAUACAUAACAACAUUGGCUUCCUUCACCAAAUUGUCAUACUGAGGAAAAAGAUGUGAGAAUAAACACACUGAGGUUGCACUAACUGCCACACGGCCUUGCCUUAAAAAAAAAAAAAAAAACACUGAAGAGUUUUCCUGUAAAAUAGGUUUGAGUCACCUUUCGCAUAAUCGCAUUGGAUGGCUUAACGUUCCCAUAAGUAGUCUGUUUCUGUGUUUGUGCGUGAGACCAGGGGAGACCUGUGAGCCACAAGGAAGAAGUAAGAUCGUUCCACUCUGAAUUCAUCCGUGUGUCGCUCGCUGCGUUCACGCUCACUGAACGGCAGCAGUCAACAUUCAUCCACGUGGUGGAGACUGUGGUUCUUUUGCAGAAUAUAAAUACAUAAUGGUGUUUUGAUCUACAGAGUUGCCAAAUGUCAAAGGUUUACGUUAUCUCCCCAUUGACUCGUGGUAUCGAUCCAUUUAGAUACUUUGCUUUUGUUUCAUCUUGUUUUGAUGAACAACAAAUGGAAAUUCAAAAUAGCUCAGAACCUGGACUGAUAAAACUUGUUUUUGUAGUCUGGGAAAACUGACAAAAGCACUUCCCACCUUAUCUUUUAUUUUUUUUAUUAGCAACCACAGACUCAUUCGGCCGAGAGUCACCAGUUGGUCACUCAUUAAUCCCCAAAACAGACUAUUGUGUGUUCACGACCGCUGGAUUGAUUUAAAAAAAAAAAAAAAACUUGAAGUUUGAACUGGACGGAAUACAGCUCGGGUUAAUUGAUGACUGCCUGCAGGUGUGAACAUGAAUGCUUGUCCAGUGCCCCCCCCCCCCUCUCCCCUCCCCCCACGGAUCGCGUGGGAGACCUGGAAUCCGUUAGUCUCGGUCGUCUGGUGCGGUUUAUCUUCUGGAUCCUGAAGUCGGUCUCCAGCACUCCUUUUGUCUGAGUGAGGAGAAGAACUUUCUUCCAAAAACAAAGGACUGCAUUGCGCCACACAGCUCCCGUACUAGCCCUCUGGUACCUGUUCAUACAAUGAGUACGCCGCUGUCGCGUCACUGGGAUGCAGAAUAACGGCUGUGACACAAAGAACCUCAGCAACAAGUAAAGGAGUUUUUAAUAAUACUGAAAAUCUGGGAAAUGUAAUAAAGCAGAUAUUAAAUCUGCAUGGGGCACACGGAUGGAUUUUCUAACUACUUUAUGAGCUGAAUCCCCAAAGCUUGUUGCAAUUCGACUAGUUUAUAAGCUACAUAUUGCAAUAAAUACAUGCUCCAAAUUAGAAAAUACAUUGAUAAACAGGGUUAAAUAGAUCCAGCCACAGGCAGCGGGCUGUCCCGUUCGUAGUGACUGUAUCAGACAGACCACAGAUCAGAUCAGGAUAUGAAUCAUGUUACACGUUGCCAUUCCGGACCAAUAAUAUUGGAACUUUUUGCAUCUGUUGGGACCGUGUGCUAAAUGCACUGGACAACAUCCAGAAGGUUGAACUGUGUUCGGAUUCUUUUUGUGCAAAAAUGUUCUACAUUUGUGUGAAGUGACAGCGACGCUCCUUCUCCCCUGACAAGUUUCUGACUUUAAUAAAUGUUGUUCCCCCCCAAG